UUCCCGGCUCCCGCCGUCGCCCGCCGCACGCACGCGCACUGCGCCCAGCAUGAGGGUUGCUGCUCUGAUCAGUGGUGGGAAGGAUAGCUGUUACAAUAUGAUGCAGUGCAUUGCUGCUGGGCAUCAGAUUGUUGCUUUAGCAAAUCUGAGACCAGCUGAAAACCAAGUGGGGUCAGAUGAACUGGAUAGCUACAUGUAUCAGACAGUGGGUCAUCACGCCAUUGAUUUGUAUGCAGAAGCGAUGGCUCUUCCCCUCUACCGCCGCACCAUAAGAGGAAGGAGUGUGGAUACAGGACGAGUGUACACCAAAUGUGAAGGUGAUGAGGUUGAAGAUCUCUAUGAGCUUUUGAAACUUGUUAAGGAAAAAGAAGAAGUAGAGGGGAUAUCAGUAGGUGCUAUACUUUCUGACUAUCAGCGUGUUCGAGUAGAAAAUGUGUGUAAAAGGCUUAAUCUCCAGCCUUUAGCUUACCUUUGGCAGAGAAACCAGGAAGAUUUGCUCCAAGAGAUGAUAUCAUCUAACAUUCAAGCAAUCAUCAUCAAAGUAGCAGCUUUGGGUUUAGAUCCAGAUAAGCAUCUUGGAAAAACCCUGGAUCAAAUGGAACCUUAUCUCUUAGAGCUUUCUAAGAAGUAUGGAGUCCAUGUUUGUGGAGAAGGUGGAGAGUAUGAAACAUUCACUUUGGAUUGCCCUCUAUUUAAGAAGAAAAUAAUUGUGGAUUCAUCAGAAGUGGUCACACAUUCAGCUGAUGCAUUUGCACCUGUUGCUUAUCUACGCUUUUUGGAAUUGCACUUGGAGGACAAGAAGGGACAAAGGAAGAAAGAAGAUGAAUGAUGACUUUUACUCACCAACAUUCGCGUUCAGUACAGCUUUUCUACUCCAUCUUCUCCCCCACCUUUGUCUUCAAGCUAAAGAGCAGAAAAAUGAUUUGGUAAGAGGGAGCAAAGCAUUUCACAAGCUUUAAAUCCUAAUUCUACAAACCUCAAUGAUAUAACUUGAGAUUCAGAGAGAUUUUGGCCUUGGGUACUAAGUCACUGCUGCUGCAAAUGGUCAUUGGAGCAGAGUAAUAAAUCAAGCAUCCGAUUCACUCAAAUUUAGAGAGCUACUUGACUCAUUUCUGUCCCUAAUAUAUGGAUUUCAGUAGUAGUAACAAAAUACCACUGUGUCGAGAGGAUCAAACUGGACAGUGGAAAAGUGUUUUUUAAUCCAAAAUCUGUGGUGGACCUAUCAGUUUAGAGGAGGAUAAUAAAAAUAACCAAUCAAUUGAUUUUCUUCUCUGCUUUCAAAUUGUAUUUGACUAUAUAUUUUGUCCUACUAUUUAUUUAGCUGUUAAGCACUUGUAUGCAGCUUGUUAUUGUUAUUAUCAUUGUUGUUUUAAAAAUAAAG